UAUGGAAAUAAUCAUUCAACAAACCAUAAAAAAAAUGAAUAGAGGAUUAUUUAUUGCUCUAGAGGGUCUUGAUAAAUCAGGUAAAUCAACUUAAGCUAAAUUACUUUCAUAAAAAUUAAAUGCUCAAAAAGUGUCAUUCCCAGACAGAACUACUUAACUUGGAGUUAUUAUAUCUGAUUAUCUAAGAGGAAAUAAAAAUAUGAGUGAUGAAGUGAUACAUUUAUUAUUUUCAGCUAAUAGAUGGGAGUAGCAGUACAAAUUUUUUUAUAUAUUCUAGCACAUCUAUUUUUAAUUAACUUUAAAAUGGAACUAAUAUUGUAAGUGAUCGUUAUGCUUUUUCUGGAGUGGCUUUUUCAGCAGCUAAAGGUUUACCAAUAGAAUGGUGCAAAGCUCCGGAUGCAGGACUUAUUUAACCAGAUAUCACAUUCUAUUUAACUGCCCCAAUUGAGGAACUAUGCAAAAGAGGAGAUUAUGGAAGGGAAAUAUAUGAAAAUUCUUCAUUUUAACAUAGAGUAGGAAGCUUUUUUGAUAUAUUAGCAUUGUAAGAGAAUUUUUAUAAAAUUGAUGCUCUUAAAAGUAUUGAUGAAAUUUAAGCAGAAAUUUUAAAUCAUAUUUCUGAGAAACUAAAAAAUAAUAGUUUAUUAUAAUAAAAAAAACUUUGGAAAUAGGUUUUGUGA